UGAGACGUUUCGUGCAGUUUUGUGCUGUGAUUUCUUUUUGCUGUUCCUCAUUUUGAGACGAUAAUCUGAGGAGGUAAUAAAUUUUUUCUCCACCGUGCUGACCAAUCAGUAGUUAUUUGUCGGAUGGCGUGAAACUCAGAAGAAGAUUAUCAACAAUCCAGCGUACGAAAAACGUCUAUAUUUGCAAGAACGAGGAACGCUCCAAAAGCGUGGAAGGUAAGGAGGUUUCUCUUUCAGUAAAAAUUCGAUCCUUCUUACUCUUUCAGCUCGAAGAUGUCUAAACUCCAGGCUCAAGCAAGGGUCCCCUGCAAAGCUCCUGACUGUUUGAGGUCGUUUACGAGCAAGGAGUACAUGCUACAACAUUUCAGAGAUAGUCACGGCCAAUGUUCUGGCUCAACCAAGGCUCCCUCGGCCCCAACUCCUACUCCGAAAGUCCUGGCCUGCAGUGACUGUGGAGCGAAGUUCCGGGAUCACCAGCAGCUCCAUCAGCACCAGCGGUCGUCAGCAGCGCAUAUGAAGGUGUCCGGCCCACGGGACGGGGGAAAGCACUUCUCAUGCUUCGUGUGCGGCGCGAAGUUCGACUCCCCGCAGUACCUGGACCAGCACUUCCUGGUAAAGCACGCAGUGGAGGGCAUGCGCAGGGACGACCCGGAACGAGGAAGAGUCUUGGCAUACUUCCGUGCCAAAUGGAACCAUCCAGGCAGCGAAGCGUCCAUCAUUGACAUCCUCCGCGUGUACAAUCCGGGUCACAGGGUGAAGCGGUUCGCGGACUACAGAGAAAAGCUGAUGGCCCAGAGAGGCAGCAGGGACGAGAAGAUUGGAAAGAAUGGAAACGAGGUCCUGCGCUUCCACGGCACGACGGUCCUGUGCGGGCUCGGGACGCCGCAGCAGCAGUCACUGUGCAGCAAUCUCUCGUGCAGCCUCUGCAACAUCAUCCUGGCCGGAUUCAAGAAGAAGAAAGCAAAGGUGGAUGGAUUCCUCCGGUUUGGGGCGGGGAUCUAUGUGACGGCAACCAGCAGCAAGGCAAACGACUAUGUCAAGGCCUACGGCAGCUCCUCGGGUUCCAGACACCAUGCCAUGCUCGUGUGUAAGGUUCUGGCCGGGCGAGUGUUCAAGGUGACCGAGGACAGGCCCGAGUUGGUUGCUCCACCGGAUGGCUAUCACUCCGUGUCUGGUGAAGUGGGAGGGAUACUCAACUUUGAUGAGCUUGUGGUGUAUGAUAAUGCUGCCAUCCUUCCUCAGUCUAUUAUUGUCUAUGAUAUCAUGUAGACAAUGCAUCCAAAGUUUGCUAAAAUUUUAGCUAUAGUUUAAAUUCAAGUAUUUAAAGGUACUCAACUAUCCCCUUAAGCUUUGCAUAACUAGUUCCCGAUUUUUAAUCA